CCGAGUGAUGCAGUCAGACUAAACUAUGGAGGGAGGUGGACGGGUGUCCUGGGUUAAAUAUGGACCUGUAGUGUCCUUAUUCGUUGUGUUUUUGGCUUUCUGGUUCCGCUCGUCUGAACGCACUGUGCUGGAUGACCGGCUGGACGCGGUUUUGUCCUCUUUACUACGCGCUGAACAAAAAGUCGGGAUCAACAAUGUCGCCAGACCUAAAGUGGCCAUCGGUUUUGGCGGCUGUGCAGAUUUACUGGUGGAUGGAGUGUCACUGCUAAAUAAGAUUGGCCUAAUUCCUUCAGAGCAACCCCUGCAUCAUGAUUACCUGGAAAGCACUGAGCAACUUGCUCAGAGUUUUGCUUAUUUCUUUGCACCCGGAGCUGCUGCAGAGCGCUUUAUGAUAAAUGACACACUCUUCAGUGAGUUGGUUGAAGCAUCCCGUGACCUGCCCGGUAACAGAUGGUCAGUAGGGGGUAAUGCCCCAGUAAUGGCCGGUCGCCUGGCAAAAGAAGGAUGUGAUGUGUUGCUCGGGGGAAGCUUCAGCCCAGACUUUACUGACGUCCUGUCUGAGCACAUUACAGUGGCAGGAAAAAUACUUGAAGAGCCAGAUAUUCACCUAAUCUUGGAAUAUCCAGUGGGUGCGGCUUGGGGACCAUAUAUCUCACGUAGGGCUAAUAGAUACAUUAUACACAGUGAUGAUCAUAAUCCAUACCUGGACUCAAUGGAGGAAUUUGCAAAAAAAUUAGCACACUUCAAGCCAGAUCUGCUUGUAGUGGGUGGGCUACAGAUGAUGGAUAGUUUCCCCUUCCAAACAGGUGAACGUGAUUCUCUCCUAUCUCGUCUGUCGGACCUUAUAUCCUCCUCAUCAGCUAAACUUGGUACUCACUUUGAAAUGGCCAGUUUUGUUGAAGAAAGUAUCAUGGAAGACCUUUUACAUUAUGUUAUACCUUAUGCUGAUUCUUUAGGGAUGAAUGAACAAGAGCUUCCAAACUUGCUCAGCCUACUUAAAGGAUCGAACAUUACUGUAUUAUCAGAUCCAAAUCCCCGUGUAGCCACUGUCUUGGACCAGAUGAGGGAAGUUUACCGUAUCCUUAACCAACGCUACAAACUCGCAGUGAGAAAUGAAGGCAACCAAACUAAAAUGAAGCCACUGACUCGACUUCAUGUUCACACACUGGCCUUUCAAGCCAUGAUCGUGACACGAGGGUCCCAGUGGAAAAACACUAUGUCAGCCACUGCCAAGGCCUCACUCACUGCCAACCGCCAUGUAUGUGGGUCUAAUGAUAUCGACCUUAGCAAGGCGAGACUAAUCAUGGAUGACUCGUUCUCAGUAAGUAGACAGGAAGGAAGUCAACGCAUCCCUCUUCAAGAAAGCAGGCCUGUGAGCUGCUGGAAAGAACAAGACUACGAGAUCUGUGUGGCACCUGUGUUAGUCUGUACCGAGGUUUACCAAACAGCAGGUGGAGGCGACAACAUCUCCGCUGCUGGCCUGGUUCUGCAAAUCUAGUCUUAAAAUGUUUAAUAUGAUUUAGGAAACUUGACAUGCAAAAUUACCACUGCUGCACAUGCAAGUAUUGAAUGUGAUGCUGGUAACUUUUAUAAUGUCAGCAUUAAUGAGGAUUUACAACAUUUUCUUUGUGGUAGAAUCAGGUCAACCCUUUUACAGCAACUCUGUCACUUGAAAAAAUCUAGCCUUAUUGCAACACUAUAGCCUUGGGUCUGAGUCAACAUGGUGAUUUGGAUGAAAUAAUAAGACAUAAAUCAGAGUAGCAAUUCAUCGCAAUGUGGCAUCAAAGUUUGCAGAAUUGUUUCAUUUCAUAUUUAAACCACUAUGCAGCAAACUUCAACUAAAUAUAAAAGAUAAAAAUAACUCCACUUACUAGCUUUUUUAUUUUAAAGGUGAAUAGAAAACUUAACUGGGGGCAGCAUAAAACAGCAGCUACUGUUCUUCCCAUUUUGUGAAAAACACAUUUGCAUCUUUUGCUCUUUCCAUUACAUUAGGUGUGAUGUACAGCAGUGCAAUAAUUCAAAAACUCUGUUGAAAGACCACUAUUGGUAGUUGGAUAUGUCAACUCAAGUUCUCUACCUCCUGCUCUUGUCUAAUGCUGGUUCUAUUUUUGUUGUUAUUAUUAUACUAGGGACCAAAUGAUGGGAAAUUGUUGCAGUUGGUAGGGCUUUGAGUUCUACUAGAAUGAUCUGAUUUCAUUGAUGGGGGAGGAUAGGACAAUAUGCUGCUACAAUACAAAUCCUUGUAGAGAUAUGGCAUAAUAUAUGAAAUGCAUUUUAUUGUUUCUGUAUGAGCCAUUUUGAAGGGACUAGAUGCUGAUCAAUAAUACUUCUGAUACUUGUGGAGAUCUUACAUUCCGGUAUGUGUGUAUAUAUUGGGUAAUUUUAGGUGGAGUGUUUGUUUCACUCUUUAUUUAUUGACUCAAAAACCCUAUAAAUGACUUGUGUGAAAGAAAUACCUAUGGAAUUCAUGUAAUUUUCCACCAUUUGUUUUCAUUGAAUUGGGUGUGUGAAUUACAAAUUUGCCUUACUUGGACUGUUUUCAUAAAGGGAGUGUUUACUUACCAAUAUCUAUUUUGAAUGACAAUAUGGAGUCAAGUUAUUCUGUAAAACUCAAGUAUGCCUAAUGCCAGCAUGUGCUUUUGGUCCAUGCUUUUUACUUUAUCUAUUUUGAUGUGUUUUGAUCAGAUUUGUUAUGCUCCAAUUAAGGUUAUCACAAAAGUUUGAGAAAAAACAAAUGGUGAAAGUUUUUUUUAAUGAUUUAAAAUAAAAAAUACAUAGCCUAAUUGAUAUAAUCACAUUUGUUGUGAUUAAAAUUACUGCAAAUCCCCAAUCAGCAGCUUAUUUACACAUAGGCCAUCAUAUGUUACAAAAUAACAAUUCUUUAUCAGGUUAAAGAAAUGAUUGGGCUACAUGCAAUCUGUGGUUCUGAUGGCUUGUUAAAAAUAGUUUAAAAUACAAAAAAUAGGCUCUUUGUUUGAAACUGCCAAGUUGGCUAUAUUACACAAAAACUAUAUGUCAUUGUCAAUAAUUAGUUCAUCAAUCACAUCUUUGUAAUAGAUCACAUUGUCCUUUUGGUCAGUGAGUGCUGUCAACAUUUCAUCCAUCUCCUCCUGAGUAAAAAACCUCACCUGUACCAGACAACAUACAAAAUGAGGCUUGAGGGAUAAUUUGCAUGCUUCCUUGAUGCAAAGAGACAAAUUUGUUUAAAAAAACCCAAACCCAAUUGAACAAGCUUUACCUUCCUGCAUCAUAUAUUUAGUCAGCUCUUCUUGUUCCAAAUAGCCUUUCUUCUCUUUGUCCAAAACCUGUCAAACCACAAGGCGACAAGCAGAAUUAAGACAAUUUCAGAAAAAAAACCUGAUUGGCAGCUCAAAUACGCCAAAAACACAUGCAGGUCUUGACCUCAAAAGCUUGAAGAAGUUUGUCCUCAGGGAUUGGAGGGAACCUGUUGGAAGCACACAACAUAAAUGCAUUUGUUUUAGUUGUGCUCUAAGAUUUAAAGGUAUGUCAGUGUUUUUUUCUAAAGCUGAAACACAAACCUUUUCUCCAAUAAAACGUUUGUCAUGACAGGAAGAAAUUUCUCCAGAUGGAUGAACCCAGUGUGAUCCUCUUCUACCUGGUUACAAGACCUUGAUGCAUUUUAACAUAUCUCAGUUUAUGUGCACAGUAGGUUAAAUGGUGAACGAAUUGCCAAAUGGAAUGAUGUUUUACUUGAGUCUUUAUAGAGCCGACACAGGGAGCGUUACAUCAUUCAACUUACAUUAUUCUGUGUUUAAUAUGUAUUUUACCUGUGCUAUAAAAUCAUGGAGAUCAGCUUGACUGGGGAAGCAGCCCAGAGAAAAGACUAUGGUACCAAUCUCUCUAAAAACACACAUGAGAAAAGUC